GUUUUAAAUUGUUUAAAGUAAAAUUAGUAUUAGUUUUCAAUCAACUUUAUGUCGCUAACUAACACCACAAAAACUGGUCCUGAAAAUGUACGUUUAAAAUAACACAUGAAAUGUUUAUCAAACGAAUUUUUCGUAACUUUUAUUGCUUUGUAGUCCUUGAAUCAACAUGCUCUAUAAACAUUGUUUAUUAUUCAUUAACUCGUCUCUAGUCACGUGACUCUGUAUAUCUGUAUAAAGUUAUUGUACGUCGUAGUUACUUAGCGGGCCGACGAGGUAAAGAGGGGUUAAAACUUUUGACGUUAUGUGUAUGAUUCAUGUUAAUGUUGGCUCAUACGUAAGCACUCUUUCAAUGUUACAGUAUCAAAGUAGGCUCAAAUUAUAUCAAAGUUACCGACUUGUCUUGAAAUUAUUAUAGUGUGUUGAUGAAGACGUUUAGAUACGCUGAUUUCUGUUUCAAGUAAUCAUGUUAAUUAUAUUUUUAAUGAGUGCGAGGACAGUAGCUGAAUUGUGGUGUUGAAAUUGUGAACUUUACUCAGACGUCAUAUGACUAGAGAUGAUAAAAUUCACUAUCGCACUGACAAGAUAUGCUGGUUUAAUUCAAAUGUCUUGCUUUAUCUUUUUUUCUCACUGCGCAUGUUUUUUUGUUAUUCCUUAUUCUUUUUUCCUAAGUGUAAUCAAUAUAAUCAAGAUCUAUAGCGUAAAUCAAUCCUUAAUGGGAUGCCUAUUCUGUGUUACAGCUAGUAGCAUUUCUCAUACGCAUCAUUUCAACCUGAAAUACAGAGAUUGAAACUGUCCAAAAAUGUUUAUUCAACAGCCAUUACAAGCUCGAGAGGAUAGGACUUGAUGGAGAUAAGUUAGGCUGGUGUGAAUAUGUUCCACCUGCUGUCUACUCCUCUGGUUUUUACGUCAAAUGUUUCAUGGAAAUAGUGAACACAUCUUGCUUGAUGAAGGUUAACACAGACCGUGUGUGACCAUCAAUACUUUAUCCCUACACGUUGUCUAGCAAACAGAAAAUUAUUUUUUUCCUCGAGUUAGAAGGAGUAUUAUAUUUAAUUAAGUGUCUAAUUGAAUUCAUUGUGUAAACACAAGCCGUCAUUAAAAUGUUUAUAGGCGAGCAUUUUUAUUUGAAUGGACAUCGAGAAUAAAUAAAGAGUAUUGUUGGGCUGUAGCAGAAACUCGAGUACUACUGAUACUAUGAUGAUUUUGACGAUCAUUUUAGAACUAUAUUCAGUUACAACUUUAAGUUCUUACUUCCUUCUUCCUGUCUUACUUUCUUUCUUGUUUGUUUGUUUGUUUGUUUGUUUGUUUGUUUGUUUGUUUGUUUGUUUGUUUGUUUUUAUUAAUUUAUUUUUUUGUUUAAUUAUUUUUUCUUUGCUAUUUAGCUAUUUAUCCGUUUUAUAUUUCCUUCUUACUAUCUCGAGUGCAAUACAGGGAACUAGCUGUAUAAACCAAGAGGGUUGUCGCCCGAAAGUGCAUCCUUAACACAAAGGAUAGUAAAAAAACAAAAACAAGAAGGUUUGGUUGUUACCAACUUCUGCUGACCUAAGCAUGACGUCGACAGUUACUCGAGUAAAUCAGCGGUUUGGUGCACACGAUAAAGGAGACAGAAGCCGUGGAGGGAUUAGAGAGCGUUCGUAUUGUGAUAUCGAAAGUAGAAAGAAGUUCUUCGAUCGAGAUAACAGUAACAACAUACCAAGGAGGAGAAGAGUUGUCGAAAAUGAUGAACCGCCGAAAGCUUCCCUGUUGAAAUACGAAGUCCGAAAACUUGUUGAUCUAAGAAAAGUCAGUAAUAAUUUUGAAGCAGCGAUAAAAGACAGACCAGAUAACGGGCAAGUUAUCUCUAAUAAUCUUGACCCAGCUUUAAAAGAGAGACAGGGGUGUAAAAAAGAAUGUGAAAACUCUUUUGAAAAACCUCUUGAUCGAAAUAAACAAAAUAAGAAGAGAGAAAAAAUGACGGCAGACGAGAGCUGUGUGUUUUGUAAACAGUAUCAAAAACAGUUGAAAGAAAUGGAAGAAGAAUUCGAACGCGAGAAGAAAGAAAACGAAGCAAAAUUUAUUCAACUAGAACAAAAGUUAGACCAAUCUGUCACCGAAAGGGAAGACUUCAACAAAAAAAUAAAAAAACUUCAAAAAGAAGUCAAGAAAAUUGAAUCUACUUUAGACGAAGAAAAAAUGCAGACCAGACGGUUGGGAAUAAAACUAGAGGACGCAAAUUACGAAAUUGGCCGACUGCGGCAAGAGCUAAUCACUACACAGUUAGAGAAUGAAAAAAUUGUUGAAGAAAACGAAGACUUAGCUGUAGAUAAUGAAGACUUGAUAAAAGAGAGAGACGAGAUUAUAACGAUAUAUGACGAAUUAUACCGAGAAAGCGAAAGGUUGAAACACGAGGUGAAAAUUUGGAAGUCGAUCCUUGGUAAUAACACCGAAGGUUUAACGAAUGAUUUGCCGUCAGCCGAAGAAAAUCAUGCAGAAAAAGAGCUCUUAGAGGAAGAAGAAGAUGAGGUAGUUAUACUGGAGAUAGAAGAAGAUACGUCUCUUUUACUGCCAUCACGUCAUGACGUUACGAUGAAAAAAGGGGAUCCCAAUAAAAUGUUUGAAAUGGCGGACGAGCUAGGACGAGGAAAAUUCGGAAAAAUAUACAAAGCUGUGGAAAAAUCAACCGGAGAUAUAUACGCUGCCAAGUAUAUUAAAGUUACAUCCAAACUGCGUGAGGAUGUGUUGAAUACUGUGGAGAUCAUGAAAAAACUUCAUCAAGUUCGAUUAAUGAAUGUCAUUGAUGUUUACGAUUUGGGCGCGCAAAUUAUCAUAAUUCAAGAAUAUGUGAGCGGUGGAAUGCUAUUUGAACGGAUUAUUGCAAAGCAAUCACUCACGGAAGCGGAUUGUGUUGGUUACAUGAAACAGAUACUGCAAGGGCUUUGUCACAUGCACUCAAAAAAUAUCUGCCAUCUUGAAUUAAAGCCUGAAAAUAUAGUUUGUGUAAACAGUGAAACUAUGGAUAUAAAACUAAUCGACUUUGGUCUUGCGAAACAACUUGAAAACAAAAAAGAUAUCAAGGUCACGGCCGGGUCACCGGAAUUUGUUGCUCCUGAAAUCUUAAGUUUUGACCCAGUCUCCUUGGCUAGUGACAUGUGGAGUGUUGGUGUCUUGGCUUAUGUGAUGUUGAGUGGUAUAUCUCCUUUUAUCGGUGAAGACGACAACGAUACUUUGUUGAAUGUAUCAUGUGGAGAAUAUGAGUUCCCAGGUGACACGUUUGAACACAUUUCGAACGAUGCGAAACAGUUCAUAGAUUCUCUGUUGGUUAGUAACCCGAAAAAACGUGCCAAUGUAGUAGCAUGCCUGACUCACACGUGGAUGAAGGCCAACCCUCAGUCGAAGAAUAUUAAAAUAGAUCUUGAGAAUAUGAAAACAUUUUUGGAGAAAAGAAAAGACAAGCCAAACGUAAGUGCAGUUCGAGCAAUUCGACGCUUCAGCUCCUUCGGAGUCGGUCACGGCACCUUGAACUCUCGAACAAAUCCCAUGAUGAAAACUGGUUCAUCAAGAUUACUCGCUGUCCCAAAUGCAUUGCAGGCAACAGCAAUAAGCGAGGAGAAUGAAGAAAAUGAGGAAGACCAAGUAAACAAUAACAUUUCAAACGGACCAAUGGUAAAGAUAACACGUGAUAGCAUUGAUUCGAUAGCCUCGACCAAUCGCAGUAGAGCUAACAGUUCUGAUCGUUCGGUUGAUAUACCGGAAGAUACAACGACACCAGACGGUCUUAGACAAUACCUGCAAAGGAUGAUAUCCGAGGGCCACCUACCUGGAAGCAACGGACCGCCAAAUAUGAACGAGCAUAGUGAUGAUGAAAGAUAAGGUUACCAUGGAAACUUAUAUGGUUUUUUUCUACACAAAUUUUAUUUAUAUGCCAUAUUUAUAACCUGUUUAAACAAUAUCUUUUCGCAUACGUAGUAUUUUUAAUUACGUCAUGAUUGUCUGUUAACUGUUUUGUACAAGUUUAAUAAAAAAAUUGUAAAUAGCAUUUUGUUUUUAUGUUCGCGCGAAGAAUGUUCUUUCUCCAACCUAUCCCAGCCACUUAAAGCAGGACAGUGGCAAUUUUAAGCAAAGUGGUCAAAAGUCAAACUUAUAAUUUAGGACACUAUAACGACUUGUUAGCGAUAAGUCCAUUAAGAAGUUAUAUCUUCCCGCUGCUGAUUUUUAGUCCUUCUCCGAUCUUCUAAAAAUUACGUAACUCCCAUUUUGUUCUGUUCUUUAUCCUCUUAUGACAUACUAUACAAUGUACAAUUUUGCGACAAUAACGGGAUCUAAUUGCGGAAUAUUUUCAAAACAAAUCUGCUAUGUAACAAAAAAGAUGCGACUUCUGCACAUUCCUUUAAACCAACAACCCCACCCCCAUAGCUCAAAUUCACAUAAAAAAAGGUCAAGGUAAAAAAGGAGAAAGAAAAAUAGAAACCAAACACCAUUUGUUUUUUUAGACGGUACAUGGUUAAUAAGAGCAUAUAAAAAUUUCAAACUUGAUUGGACGUCAGUAAGUUUCGAUUGAAUUAUAACAGUUAAAUCUAUCUAUAUAUGUAUCUGUCUGUCUGUGGCAAUUAUAUUUACUCCAAUGUUUUUUAAAUCGUCCAUGAAACAUCCCCGUACAAAAAUGUUUCGUAUUUUAUAAAUGCCUAGUUUACGUUUUUAAUUGGCUAGAACAAAUCAUGUGAUAAAACAAAAUGAUUUCAUUAGUUGGGAAUUCUAUUGUAUGCUAAUUUAAUUUGUACCGUGAUGAGAGUAUUGUUAUAUAUACAACCAACCUUACACACCACUACAACCAACCAACACACCACUAAGACCAACCAACACACCACUACAACCAACCUUACACACACUACUACAACCUACCAACACACCACUACAACCAACCAACACACCACUACAACCAACCCACACACCACUACAACCACUCAACACACCACUACAACCAACCUUACACACACUACUACAAC